AUGAGUUGCUUAGUAUGGAACUGUCGUGGGCUUGGGAACCUACGUAUAGGAAGAGAGCUCGUGGAAUUAAUACGGGCAAAAGAUCCCUCUGUAGUGUUUUUAGCCGAAACACUUACAGACGAAGCAAGGAUAGAGUUCAUUCAAAAUAGUAUCAAUUUUGAUCAUCGAUGGGUAGUUCCAAAAGUGGGGCGCAGUGGUGGUCUGGUUCUUUACUGGAGAUCAUCAAUUAAUUUGACUAUAGAAGGAUCAGAUAAAAAUUUUAUUCAUGCUGUUAUUGACAAAGGUUUGGAAAGUGAAUGGUUUUUUACAGGAUUUUAUGGUGAACCUGAAACAGGAAGACGGUCUGAAGCUUGGGAGAAACUUAGGAGAUUGAAUUCAAGUCCAGAGAGGCCAUGGUUGUGUUAUGGCGAUUUCAAUGAAAUAGUUCGUCAGGAUGAAAAGUUGGGAGGAGCAAUUCGGUCCCAUAACCAGAUGCAACAGUUCAGAGAUGUGAUUGAUGAGUGCGGUUUUAUGGAUUUGGGCUUUGUAGGCCCAAAAUACACUUGGAGUAGACAUUUCGAGAAUGGUAAUUCAAUAUGGGAAAGAUUAGAUAGAUGUUUGGCAACUAACAGCUGGUUUUUAAGGUUUCCGGGAACAAAAGUCUAUCAUCUCAGAUGUGACUUUUCAGACCAUAUCCCUCUCCAUAUUGUUUUUUCGGGAAUUGAUCCACCUUCCCGGAAAAAAUUGUUUCGAUUUGAAGAGAUGUGGCUGUCACACACGGGAUGUGAAGAGGUGGUGCAGGCUGCAUGGACUAGUGUUGGUGAUUUCGGGUUCGAAGGUUCUAUUCUAGCAAAGGUUGAAAAAUGUGGGAAAGAUUUGUGUUGGUGGAAUAAAAAUGUCUUUGGUAGUGUGAGGAAGGAUUUGGACCGAUUGAAGAAAAACUUAGCAAAAGCCGAAGUUGAAGCUAUGGCUAGUGGCAACAACAAUCGAGUGAGGCAGUUAAAAAGGGAGAUUGAGGUGCUGUUGGAGAGAGAAGCCAUUAUGUGGGCCCAACGAUCACGAGUACUAUGGGCAAGGCAAGGGGAUAGAAAUACCAAAUAUUUCCAUAGUUGUGCUACAAGGAGAUAUAGGAAAAAUCUGAUUGAAGGAAUUAGAGAUGAGGAGGAUAGGUGGAGAGACCAACCGACUGAUAUCGCCACAAUUCUGGUAAAUUAUUUCCAGAAUCUUUUUACCUCAACUGAGCACAAUAUGCCCCAACAUGUAUUAUCAUGUGUACAACCUAUCAUUGAUGAUGAGAUGAAUGCCGCCCUAAGCCAAGAAUUUGAUGAGAAAGAAGUGGAGGAAGCACUACACCAAAUGGCACCACUUAAAGCUCCUGGGCCCGAUGGAAUGCCACCCCUUUUUUACCAGCAUUUUUGGGACACAGUAAGAGAGGAUGUCACCUCCUCCAUCCUGGCAUGGUUGAAUUCAGGUACUCUACCAUCCCCCCUCAACCAUACGUUUAUCACUCUCAUACCAAAAAUAAAUAAGCCUGAAUAUGCUCAUCAAUUCCGCCCUAUUAGUCUUUGUAAUGUACUUUACAAAGUAUAUUCCAAAGUAUUGGCCAACCGUUUGAAAAAAUUAUUACCAUCUAUUAUCACUGAACACCAAUCAGCUUUUACAAAAGAUAGAUUAAUUUCUGAUAAUAUCCUUGUUGCAUUUGAGACCCUUCAUAGUUUGCAAAAUUUCAAGUCUACUACUCAUGGUUUUAUGGCUAUUAAAUUGGAUAUGAGUAAGGCUUACGAUCGGGUUGAUUGGAAUUUCUUGGAAAAACUGAUGAGACAAAUGGGUUUUAAUGAAAGGUGGAUCCAACUGAUAAUGGGGUGUGUUAAAACUGUUUCAUAUUCGGUGUUGGUCAAUGGGGAGCCUUGUGGUAUGAUUCAGCCUACUCGGGGGAUAAGACAAGGCGAUCCUCUAUCACCUUUUCUUUUCUUGCUUUGUACUGAAGGCCUAAAUGGGCUAAUCAAGAAAGCGGAAAAUAAUGGAGAAAUACACGGUUUUUCACUGUGUAGGAGAGGGCCCAAACUAACCCAUCUGCUUUUUGCAGAUGAUAGUCUUCUUUUUUGCAGGGUAACCAUAGAAGAAUGUGAAAAGGUGUUGGAGGUCUUGAAUAUGUAUGAGGAGGCAUCGGGGCAAAAAGUCAAUAAAAACAAAACUGCAUUAUUUUUUAGCAAAUGUACUCCAAGUGAUGUGAGGCAUGCAAUAAAGGUGGCUUUUGGUGUUCCAGAGAUCAUGCAAUAUGAGAGGUAUUUGGGGCUACCUUCCUUUGUGGGUAAAAGGAAAAAAGCAAGUUUCAACUACAUCAAAGAAAAAAUAUGGAGGAAGUUACAAGGUUGGGAAGGUAAAUUGCUCUCGCAAGCAGGUAGGGAGGUGCUACUAAAAUCAAUCAUACAAGCUAUCCCCACCUACACAAUGGGUUGUUUUAAAUUACCCAUUGGAUUGUGUCAUGAAAUUGAAGCUCUAAUUAAAAAAUUUUGGUGGGGGCAACGUGGUGAUCAUAGAAAGAUUCAUUGGAUCAAGUGGGAGGAAAUGACAAAAUCCAAAUCAGUGGGUGGAAUGGGCUUCCGGGAUCUAACCAUGUACAAUGACUCCCUACUAGCAAAGCAAGCAUGGCGACUUUUGCACAAUAAAACUUCUCUUUUCUACAAGGUUUUCAAGGCCCGAUUUUUUCCAAAUACUACAAUCAUGGAAGCGGUUGACUCAAGAAUGGGUUCGUAUGCAUGGAAGAGUAUUAUUAGAGGAAGGGAUGUUAUUCAAAGGGGAGUUAGGUGGAGGGUUGGAAAUGGGGAGAAAAUCAACAUAUGGCAGCAAAGAUGGUUGCCAAGGAAACAUCCUCCAUAUCUACCGAUUUGCCCCAUACAGGACUUUGAAAACUCCUCGGUGUCCUGCUUGAUUGAUCAAUCCACGCGGCAAUGGAGGGCAGACUUGGUGAAUGGGCUAUUCAAUGAAGAAGAUGCUGAGCUAGUUAAGUCAAUUCCACUGAGCCAUGUUGAAGCAGAGGACGUCCUGUUCUGGCCGUACACAAAAAAUGGGGUUUAUACAUGCAAAUCGGGCUACCAUUUCCUCAAGGAAGAAGCUGAAAGGGAAGUCUCAAACCAGGUUCCACCUCUUCGAGAUAAAAAUAUAUGGAAAGCAAUUUGGUCGAUGCAAGUUCCGCAGAAGGUUAAAAUGUUUAUAUGGAGGGCCUGUCGAAAUGCAAUGCCGACAAAACACGCGUUGAUGAAACGCACUAUCACUGAAGAUUCCACAUGUGAACGCUGCCAAACCGAUGUCGAAGACCCUCUUCAUGCAUUAUGGACCUGCACCAAGCUUGAUGUCGUCUGGGUUGAUCACGCAGAAUGGGAUUUCAGAAACUCUACUGGUUUUCUGGACUUCACAGACCUGGUUUCUUGGUUAAUCACGGAAGGGAAGAACUUGGAUCUUUUUGCACUCACGGCUUGGUCAGUUUGGAAUCAACGGAACCGGGCUCGGAUACAAGAACCUGCCACUGAUCUUCAGCAGGUAGCAGUUGCUGCAAAAUCCAGUUUGGAGGAUUUUCACAGGUCAAUACAGAGGCGGGAAUCUCAGGGGCGACGGGCUACUCAUACAGCCCAAAACCACUGGCGUCCUCCUCCAAGGGAAGUGGUUAAAGUAAAUUUUGAUGGGGCGACUUGUUCACAGGAGAAAAAGUCUGGAGUUGGAGUGGUUGUACGGGACAUGAACGGUUUGGCUCUAGCUUCAUGUGCGAAGAAAAUACAUCAGUCCGUUAAGGCAGUGGAGAUAGAGGCCAUGGCAGCUGCUACGGCUCUAACAUUUGCAAAAGAUCUUGGCUUUCAGCGCCUUAUACUGGAGGGUGACUCACUGGAAGUGAUACAAGCACUACUGGAAAGAACAGAGACAUUAACACCUACGGGUUUACUGCUUGAGGAUGUCAGAAGUUUGUCCCAAAAUUUUGAUUUAUUGCUAUAUUCUCAUACAAAAAGAGAUGGCAAUGCUGUAGCUCAUAGUCUGGCCAAAUAUGCUCUACGCAUACCAGAUUUUUUAGCUUGGAUGGAGGAUGUUCCAUCACACAUUCAAUCUAUUGUACAAGCUGAUUUGGCUCUUUUACAUCAAUAA